AUGAAAUCCCUCGGCCACGAACUCGGCAUCCUCUUCGGGUUCCUCGUCGCCUGCUUCGUCGUGAUGGGCGUGUACGUCUACGUCUGGCAUGCCGCCGAACGCCGCGAAGCCCACCGCGACAAACUCCGACACCAGAUGCUCGACACCCGGCGCGUGGACCCGCACCUCCACGAGCAGCGCCUGCACCCGGACUACCGGCCCAUGGGCACCUCGACCACCAUCACGGCGGGGUCGACGACCGUCAUCGGGGGUGGGGGCAGUGUUGCCGGGUACAGUGGGUAUGGUGGUGCAGGGAAUGCAGGCACGGCGACUCCGACGACUGCGACUGCCACGGGCACGGCUACGGCUACGGCUACGGCUACGGCUACGGCGUCUGGCUCCGCGAUUGGGAUUGAGAAGAUUAUUGAGAAGCGGGCGGAGUUGGCGGGACGGCCACCACAUCCACAUCCACAUCAACAACAGUACUCGGAGCCGGAGGGGGCGAUAGGGGUUGCGGUUACGACGCCUAGUCCUAGUGGUGAACCGGAAAACGAGAGGGGAAAAAGGAACUUCAGGAAGGAGGGGUCCUCGGCGUUCGGGUUGGGGUUUGGGAAGAGAAAUUUGAGCUUGAGGUCGCAUCCGGUGGAUUCGGGGGCUGGGGCUGGGGCGGAGGUGAAGAGGGCGGGGAGUGCGGGGAGUCCUGGAAGUACUGGAAGUACUGGGUUUCCGCCUGGGAGUCCGGGGGGAUGGGCCGGGGGGGUUCCUGGGUAUUUUGGGUCUGGGAAGGAGGCGGGGUUGGAGAUGGAUGUAAUGGGGGUGAAGGGGCAUUGA